AUGCGGCCCCAACGGGAAUAUCAUAUUGUUGUCCUGGGAGCAGGUGGUGUGGGGAAGAGUUGCCUGACUGCUCAAUUCGUCCAGAAUGUCUGGAUUGAAAGCUAUGACCCAACAAUCGAAGACUCCUAUCGCAAACAGAUCGAAGUAGAUGGCCGACAAUGCAUACUCGAGAUUCUUGACACCGCUGGAACGGAACAAUUCACCGCCAUGAGAGAACUAUACAUGAAGCAAGGCCAAGGCUUCCUCCUCGUCUUCUCCAUUACAAGCAUGUCCUCUCUAAACGAACUCUCCGAACUUCGCGAACAAAUCAUCCGCAUCAAAGACGACGAGAAUGUCCCUCUCGUGAUCGUCGGCAACAAAUCAGACCUCGAAGAAGACCGCGCCGUGCCUCGCGCUCGUGCCUUCGGACUCUCCCAAAAUUGGGGCAAUGCCCCUUACUACGAGACCUCUGCCCGGCGCCGCGCCAACGUAAACGAAGUCUUUGUCGAUCUCUGUCGCCAAAUCAUCCGCAAGGACCUGCAAGGGCCGAGCGGAACUGCCGACAGUGCUCGCAAGCGCGAGGGCCCGAGCAAGCAUGACCGGAAGAGAGAGAAAGGAUCACAGGGCCGUCGGCGAUCUCCAUGUGUCAUCCUUUGA